AUGGUUCACUUCUAUGAUCUACCCUACGAGAUUCGUCAGAUGAUCUAUGCAGAGUGCCUCGUCGUUGGCGAGAUUCACCCCUACAGUCUCCGUGAUACAUCUCUGCGGGAUAGACAUAGCGCUUGGGCCAAGACAGGAUGUGAUCUCCCGACUGUAGCGCUUUUGCAGGUAUCAAAGACCAUUCGAACGGAAGCCGAGCCCGCACUGUACGAGCGCAACAUGGUCCAAUUAGGGAGUGCCGAAUUCUCUCAAAGGUUUUUCGAGCGAUGCUUGAACACAUCAGAGCGCAAGCUAUGGCUCAAGUCGGUGAGCAUGUGGCUAGAUGAUGGCGAAAUGACGGAAGCCGAUCAAAGAGCCGUUCAGGACACGCUCUUCCCCGAGCGAGCGUAUACAAAAGUACCGUGGGUAAAGAAGGUGCAAGAUGCGUACAAACAGUACAUAGGAGAAACUGUUUGGCCUCGCAAAGUCUUACCGCUGCUCGACUCCUGUAAGCUUAACACGCUGGUCAUGGAUUUCAGUGAGGCUCUUUGUCAGGCAGAUUGUUGUACAAUGCGCUCUCAUGCUGUCCAGUCCUUCAGGAAGGGGUUUGCCAUGGGCUUGCCAGCAAGAUUUGUGAUCCAGGGUCUUGGGACGGGUGCAAAAGCGUCGAGGAAGCUCAUCCAAAGGUGGACCUCGAGACGCAUAACGGACUUGGACAGGAAACUUGUUCUUGACAUCUUUUCGGAUGAGGAGUGA